CUUAAAGAUGCAGUUGCAUGCUGUGAUACUAGUGCUAGUCCUGGCCGAAGUGGCCCACUGUCGACCCACUUUAGAUAAGAUAGCAGAAGUCCUGCUAAACGCCUUUGAUGAUCCACAGCCGCACUACCAUCAGCCAGGAAGGCCUUUGCCAGGAGAACGUUACCCGUAUCCACACCCCGGCCCAGGACCACUGAUCCAAGAGGGCUACGAGCACGGCUACGACUACCACUAUGGCGGAGGCUAUGGCUAUCAGGGCUACCAGCAGGAACCACACCCAGGCUACCCAGGAGGAUACUAUCCACAGCGUCAGCCAGCGCAUCACCCGACGUCUUACUAUCCGCCGCCGCAAUCAUCGCGUCCUGGUUACUAUGCACAUCGACCUGCUCUGCCCACUCCCGCAUCCGGCGGGUACUACCAGGAUCAAUACGGCGGCGGCUACAAGCAGCGAGGUUACUAGAGUUCACAGCUGACCCACA